AUGUUUAAAGUGCUUUCUUCAUUAAGUAGAGCUGCUGUUGCUCUCCCUUCUAUCAGAAAUACAAUCAAUAUAAGCAAAAUGAUUGGCUUCUAAAGAUAAAUUAUGCUCAAUAAUAUUAAUUCUUUCUCCUUCAGUCAAACUGCAGCCGUAACCAACAAGAAAGGAAAUAUUAUCGGUAGUUAAUAAAUUCCAUUCGAUAGAUGGAGAAUAGUUAGGGGAGACAAAGUUGUUGUCAUUUCCGGUAAAGAUUAAGGUAAAACUGGUACUGUUAUUAGAGUCUACAGAAAGACUAAUAGAGUAUUAGUUGAAGGUAUCAAUGUUAAGCUGAAACGUGUUGCAGGUAAUGCCUAAGAUGAAAGUAAGGGAUCAAUUCAUAAGAAAAUUCACUCUAUCCAUGUUUCUAAGGUUUCAUUAAUUGACCCCGAAACUGGAAAGGCAACUAGAAUAAGAUUUGGUUAUCUUGAAGAUGGAAAAAAGAUUAGAAUUUCUACAAAAUCUGGAUCUAUUAUUGAAAAACCCUUUGAUCAUGGUUGGAAAAGAGAAAAUCGUAAUAAAAAUAAAGUAGAUGGAAUGCUUGAUACUCCUGCUGAAAAAGUUUUACAAGUUACUUACAAAGGAGAAGACUUUGAUACCAUUAAAAGAGAUUUUGAAAAGUACAUUCAAGAAAAAGAAAGAAAGGAAAAGCUCCUCGUUUUCAAGGAUUGA